AUGCGUUCGCGGCUCGCUCGGGGAGGUGCCAAGCAGAAGGGCGACGACGGCGACAAGAAGGACGACUCAGCAGACGCGGCGCCCGCGGUGCCGGUGGCGCCCGUAGGCGAUCUGACAGUCCGCCCGGCGCCACUCUUCACAUCCGGUUCGAAGCGAGCGGCAGAGGAGGCCGUCCUCUAUACCACAGCGGCACACCCGCGCUCCUUCUCGCCGUUGCGCCGCCGACGCACCGGCCUCGGCGGCGGCACCUUUGACGACGGGCUUUACGUUGCCCCGCUCCCCGCCGCGUCCGCGCGUGCGCUUCAGACGCUGGAGGCGCGGCUUGCUUUUGCGCCCGGCUCCAAGGCGCUCGCGGACGGCGCGGGAGUGCUCCUCCGACAACCCGACCCGGUGCGGCCGGUGCGCGUCCUGCCUUCGUGGCUCGACGCGGCCGGGGCGGAGCCGUCGGGCGGCCCGUUCGAGGUGGAGCGGCGCCGUCCAGAGAAGUGGGGCACCUCAGUCGCCGGGACGCUAGCCUCUGGCGGCGCCUCGCCGCGCGUGCUGCAGGUUUCAGUCGGCGGCAUCCGGCUGCAGGACCACCGGCUCUUCUUGCGCGAGCACGAGCUGCAGUCCGCGUGCCGCUCGCUCGUGGCGCGGCUGGAGGACGCGCACGAGCGGCAGCUCGCGCAGCUGCACGCCCUCAAGAUAUCGGAGCUCAAGGAGGCGGUCGCCGAUCUUCGAGAACAGAUUGGCGGUGGCGCGGGCGAGGGCACCACCGACGCCAAGCUGCAGUCUCGCCUCGCGGCGCUCUGUACGGAGCUGCUGGAGACACGCCAGCUGAAGGAUGAGCAGGAGUGUGCCGAGAGGCUGCUGGCACGGCGGCUGCUCAAGCUAUGGCACGCCCUCAAGGCGGAGCGUGAGGCGCAGGGCUUCAAAUCGACGCGCGCGCGCAUGCAGUUCCGGCUGGUUGAGCCGAGCGCCAUCGAUGAGGAGGCGGAGGCCCUCGCGCGCGAGCUGGAGGAGGAGGUGGACGAACGCAAGCUGGCGCACGCCCUCGCAGCACAGGCGGCUCCGGGCAGCGAUCUCGACGAGGACGGGAUUCGCGCGGCGAUCGAGCGCAGGCAGCAAGAGCUCCGCCGGCCUCCCGGCGAGGGUCGUCUCCUGCCCGUCUACUCCGAGCUGGCGACGCCCACGCCCCCGGAGCAGCUUCCGCAGCGGGAGAGAUCACGACAACGAGAGGCCGCCCGGGAGGUGCUCUACGCGAGGCUCCUCGUCGACGGGCGCGCCGUGUGCGAGCUCGGCUGUGGUAAGCUGCAACCUCACGACAUGAGCGUGCGCCUCGAGGCGUCCAUUCAGCUGCAGCUGCUCACGCGGCCAGCCUCACUGGCCGUCGAAGUGUGGCAGCGUCGGUAUGGCGGCCUAGGAGAUCAGCUGCUCGGGCAGGUCUAUCUCUCGAUGCCCGAGACGGCCUCGCCCACCAUGCCGCACUGGCAGAGCUACGCGUUCACCGCCUCGCGGCCGUUCCAGCCCCUCGCGGGCCGCGAGGGGAUACACGAGGCGCUGGAGAACGCGCUCGACGGCGUUCAGCCGCUCCCGCGGCACGUCGUGUCGGGCGAGGUUGAAGUGUCCACCGCGUGGACAACACGACCCGCGGACAGGCUGAGCGAGGCGGGCGCUGGAGCUGUCGGUGACCUAGCCUCGGGCGGCGCCCUCGCUGUCGACCCGCAGCAGGUGCUCGCGACCGUCAGCCCCGACGAGCUCGAUCCGAACGCUCCCACGGAUGCGCCACUCCUCUCCCUGAUGGCACGCAUCGACCGGGGCUCUGUCGGCGGCAUCUUUCGCCACCUGCGCAACGCGGCAGCCCUGCAAUGGUCCAGCUCGUGGGCUGCCUCGGACCGAUUCUCGCUGUUCCAACUGCGGCGCAAGCACCCGGGCAAGUGGGCGCAGCUGCCGCCGGACGAAAAGGCCGUCCCACCCAGGGACUCGCUGAUCCCGCCGGGUAUGCGGCAGCUCCUCCGUCCUGCCGCCGAGUUUGAUGACGCCGUCGGCCGUUACGACUCGGAUCGGGUUGCGCAGGAGAAGGCGAGCCGUGUCAAGGCGUGGAUCACGCAAGUCCGCGCACGGCACGAGGCGGCCCGAGCGUCGCAAAGGUACGUGAUGGACACGCAGGACUACGUGCGCGAGCCGCUUCUGGAGGUCGAAGCCGCCGAGAUCAACUGCAGCGCCUUCCUCAAGCUGCUUGAGCCGCGGCGGAAGCUACUCCCGCAGCGUCGCCUCCGAAAGCCGGUGCCUGGCUCGGACUCGACCGAGCGGAAGAUUGAGGUGGUCGUGCAGUCGGGCUUCGAUCUGCCAGUGCGCGCGCCCAGUAACGCGCAGAGAGGUCGGCCAAAGACCAGUCUCUUCGUCGAGGUACGCUUCCAGGGGCAGCGCUUCACGACCGACAUCAAGUCCGGUGCCAACCCGGCGUGGAACACCAUCCUGGAGCUCAACUUGGCGGCGCCAGGGGGCGACUGGUCGCAGCAGGCCAUCAUGAAUCUGUCCGACGAGAUCGCAUUCAACCUCUACGACAAGGUGCACCGCACUGAGCGGGACGAGCGAGACGAGUCGCAGCUGACCGUGCGCGAGGAGUCGCGCUGGCUCGGCGGCUUUGCGCUGCCCUUCUCCACGCUCUAUCGGAAUGGCAAGCUCGAGGGGUCCUUUCCUCUCGACACCAUGCCGCCCAUGCUCCUUGGGUACGAGAAGGACUCCGAGUCGCGCUCACAGGCCUUCGUGCCCGCCUCCGCGCUCCGGACCUUCCUCACCAUCAACCCGCUCCUGCCACCUCCCAAGGAGGAGGAGAGGGAGCGGCUCACCACGCAUGACGCGAAGAUGCAGGAGUUCGCCAAGGAGUGGGUCAAGACCAUCGCUCGCGGCGAGCGGCACGUCCGUGUCUUUGCGCCGGGUGCGGAUGGACAGAAGAUGCUCCUCUGCCGCUUCAUCCGGCCUCAGAAUCCGCCCAGCGAGCUGAUCGGGAACGAGCGCCAGCUCUUGCGGUACGUCUCCCUCGUGCCGUUCCUCGACGACGCCGCGAUGGAGGGCGGUGCGCUCGACGUGUGGAACACGUCGGACUCGUUCCUCGACCUCGGCGCGGGCGAUCAGGAGGAGCACGCGAUCCUUCUGUGCAACUACCUCCUCGCCAUGAACAAGGGGAGCUAUGUCGUGCUCGGCUCUGGCAUCCCCGAGGGCCUGACGGCUUACGUGCUCACCAUCGAGGGCGGCAGCCCGCGGCUGUGGAAUGCAUGCACUGGCCGCACGUGGGAGAAGGAUGAGUUCGACCGGUGCUCGCUCACCUCUGUCGGAGCGGUCUUCAACCAGCAGAACAUUUGGGCGAACGUGGGUCCCGGCGAGGCCCCUGCCGAGGUGCAGUGGAACCUGUCCGACGAGAAGCUCUGGAAGCCCUUCUUCGGCAAGGGCGGCUUCGCGCGACCUGACGUGCUGCCGUCAGCCCAGUUGUCCACCCUCGAGUACCACCGCACCACCGAAGACUUCCGCUCGGGCAUUGAGCGGGAGGUGUACGACGCGCUGCAGCGGGAGGUGGAGGAGCUGCGCGGCUUCCGGCCGACAGACUGGAACCGCUCCGUCAACGCCAAGCUCAAGGACCUGCUCAAGCGGUUCGAGCAGGACGUUGCUGGCGUGAAGAAGCUGACGGCCAUCGAGCACGACGCGACCCUCGAGCGGGUCCGCGCGUCCUACCACAUGGUCGGCUUGCCCAUCAACGUGACGUACACCGACCGGAACGCCAUCAUCAAGCGCGUGCGCGAGACCAAUAUCUUCCUUGCGGACGCCAAGAAGAUUCAGUUUGCGCUCUCCGUGUACGUGCACGCCUACCCUAACCAAGUCUGCUCCGUCUGGGUGUACUGUGCGAGCCUGGAGGACCUCCGCGCCGGAUCUAGCAGUCGCUCGAGCUAG